AUGCUCGCUCAGCGAGCGAACGGCCGAUUCAUUUUUGCAGCGACUAUCGUUCGGAUGAUCGACCAAGAUCAGCCUCAUGAGCGUCUGCCGCUCGUGUGUAGCAUGCUACGCGGUGACGUGGAGCAGGUGUGGGGCGACGUCGGUCACCUAUACGCUUCCAUCAUCGACAGCGUUGAGCCUUCCACCCGCGAGACCGCGCUCAGAUAUAUUUCCCUCCUCGCCAACCUUGCGGAGCCCCUGUCCCUCUCCGACCUCCGUCUACUGUUCGGCCUCGACGUCUAUCCUCUUCUUGUACCUUUUUCGGCCUUGGUUUAUGUUCCUCCCCCGGACUCCCGUGACGCUGUCCAGCUAUACCACAGCACUCUCCGCGACUUUCUUGAACGUCGCAACUUGAAACAGAAUGAAGACAGUCGGGUCAGCGCCAACAGAAUUCACCAUCCUUUAGCUAUCCGCUGUUUUCGAACGAUGGCGAGGAUGCUCAAACGUGACAUUUGCGAGCUUCAAGAUCCAUCGCUCCUGCACGACGAGAUCCCCGACUUCCCCCAGAGACGUGAUGCUGUUCCCCGCGCACUUCGAUAUGCCUGCCUCUACUGGUUUCACCAUAUGGAACGCCUUUUGCCGGAUGGCGAAAUUCAAGGAUGUCUACUAGAAUUCCUGGAGGGGCGACUUCUUUUUGCUGUAGAAGCGUGCACAGUCCUUGGGGAGCUUGAUAGCGUAAUUCGUCUAUUCCGCGCCGCUCGCAAACAUAUCAUGGGAUGGCCCGCCUCCUCGUUUCCUGGGAUGGAGCAGACCACGGGUUUGCUAUAUGACGCCUGGAGGCUUGUCGUGGACUUCUACGAUCCAAUCAACGCCUCCGCUCUCCACAUCUACGAGUCUGCACUCCCGUGCGCUCCGGAAAAGUCACGGAUCCGGCUUACCUACUCCCGUGUUCUUGCUGAAGCCACUUCUUUUACGUUCGAGGAAGGCUUGGAUGUCCAAUGGGGCUGUGUCACCCGUGUCAUCGAGAUGAAGACAGAUCAGUUUGAGCUCUCUCUCUCUCCUGAUACCUCACAAGUUGCCGCGUUCCGCAGAGAUACGGAGAGAACUGGGACAAUCAUGCUGUGGGACACUGCUACCGGAGCGCUCAUCACAUCUUAUCUCCUGGAAGACAUGACCGACGCUGUUGAGGUCGUUGACGUGUCCAAAAGGAAAGUCGAGGUUACUCAUGGCGGCUCGUUUGUCGCGUUCCGAGAUUCUCGACAAUGUUACCUAUGGUGGCCAUCGAGUCAAAAGGUCGUAAAAAUUGCAGCGCCGCAAGCAGAGGUUUUCUUUGGCCCUUUAGCCAUUUCUCGUAAUAGCGACAAGAUUGCUUCCGUGUCCGUCUCUGCAAGAGCCUCUGCCAGUGACAUGAGCAAAAGCUGCACCGUGCGCAUUCACGAUACGGCCUCGCUCCAGCCCAUUUCCUCUUGGACGUUUCCCCCCCGGUUCAAGGAAUUCCCGAUUAUAGGGCUGGAUUUCUCAUCCAAGGACGAAUCUCUCCUUGUCCAAGCGGAGAUGGUCACACAAACUGGAGAUUGUUUGUUCAGCCUUAUCCACGUCAUUGACUCAAUCGACGGACAACUACUUUGGCACGAGCAGUUCAACAACUACUGCAAUGCCAUUUUCAGCCCAGAUGAUGACAUCAUCCUCUGUUUCGAUAUAACAAACGUGAUUCUUCUCAGGAGGGUGGUUAGCCCACAAAAUGUUCGCGCUGUUCGGCCUAGCUCUCUGUUCAACUUCAGCUUGUCGACAUUUCUCAAAGACAGGCGCUCCUCCCAACAGUUUUUGCGAUCUUACGAAAAACUACCGGCCGUCGCUUGUGCAAAGGCGAGAACGUACAAACCAGUGGACUUGGAGGCAUACCCACAUGACCGUCCUGAGUACGUCGCAGACCCACUUCCAGAUAAACCUGUGGCAAUACGGCAAGGCGGGAAGAUCUGCGCUUUGACUUAUGGUGGUGGUAACAUGAAGAAGACGAGGUGGAGGAUGCAGAAUGACGAGUGCUUUGGAAUAGCCGACAUUGUCGGGUAUAUCACUGCUCCGAUAGUUGACUUAUCUCUGACUGCGACAGUGCCGCCCAUCAAAUCCCCCAAGCUAGAGAUGUGCAAGGCGUUGCAAUUGGAGAUCGAAGGUUACACGCGUUUACUUGUCUCAAAGCGAGGCGACGUGGCAGUCUAUGGGUCAAAAGCAGCUCGGGGGAACAAAUACAUCCUUGUUGGCCUUGACUUGCAGUCCGUAAGGGAUACUUUCCGCUGCAACAUUGUACCCGACAUUCCUAAGGUCGUUCAUUCCCCAUCAGUGGAUAUAUCAUCUCGGGAGCAGUUUGUCUUUUCCCCGAAGUCAACAUAUUUCGCAGUCCUGAAUAUUCGUGGAGGACGAGGUCACGUCCAGGUGUGGAAUUCGAGGUCAGGCGUUCUCAUUGGAUCUGCCCCUGUCUCUCCCCCGUUUUUUGUGAGAACAGCCGGGUGGAAUGCCAUCUUUUCGGAGGAUGAAACACUUUUGGCACUCUCAGACCAUGUGCAUUUUACGUCCUCGUUCAUUGGCGUGUACUCCCUGGAAGGCAACACGGUCAAGCACUUGGGCUCAAUAUCCCCUUCUUUGUUUUGUAGAGCGCGAUACUUAUUAGCCUCGGUCACCCACGAUGCAGUCAACUACUUCUAUUAUGGCGACAAUUCUAACCUCUUUCAUCAUCUUCAAUGGAGAAAGGCGACAUCGACAUCUGUUUCUGUCUCCUCCAUCCCGAAUCUGGGAAACAUAAUUCACAUCGAGCAUUCCGCAAGCUUUCAGCGAAUCUACUGCCGCAGAUAUAUGGAGAGUACGGAAUCUGCUUUGAACUUGAAAAGGCCGGCAAGCGAGGGGACAGGGAUGUAUGAACUCGAAGAAGACGACGCCUCAAAGGCCUGA